UUCAAAUCGACGUAUCUAACUUUUUCACUGAUCUGAGUAAAUUCAUGGUCAAUGUUGACGACCAUUUAACUAAAAUAGUUUUUCAUAAAAACACUUUUCAUAAGUUUUUUCGUGCUUAACAUCACCAGGGAUAUUGCACGCACUAGGUAAGGAACAAAACCUACUCAUUCCAUAUCAUUUUCACAAUGAAUUUUGACAAAAAUACACAUACACCGGGUUGGUUCGAGAUACGUCAUGCCAGAUACGUCGCUUUUGUAUGGUGCCAGUUUGGUGUAUCUGUUACUUUUGAUUUUGGCUAGAUACGUCGUUUGGUUUUCUCAUAUAUUAAAACGGUGUAUCUAUCAGCAAAGUUGUAAACAUCAAAAUAGUUAGAUACGUCGUUUCGAAAAAUAUGCUUAGUUAAACAAAUUAAGCAAUAAAUCAUCAAACAGUGAUGUGGAUUCUUAAAUUUGCUUUAUGAAUCAUGCACGCAGCAGUAAACCCGGAUUUGUUUACAUUCUCGAGUUACGUUGGAUUGAAAAGUUAUGCUUGAAUUCGGCUUAGGCAAGACAACAAAGACGGUUUGUUCGUUAGGUAUUUUAUCAUUUAUUACUUUAACUUUGUUUUUGCAGUAAGUAAAAGAUGUCGCCAAAGAAUAACACAUCGGAGCCCGUGAAUCCUGUUGCGAGCGCUACGCAACAGUGGACGGAAUCUACGGUUGGUGCCGUGGCCGAUGUCACUGCCGCGCUUGGUCAUGGCGCCAUCGAUGCCGGCAAGCAAAUGUACCACAAAAUUAGCGAAAACCCUGUUGGCGAACAAACGAAGCAGUUGGCAGAGGCGGCGGUAGGAUAUCUGGCUGGGGCGGGACAACAGGCCUAUCAGUUUGCAACUACCAGCCCGGUUACAGCACCAGCGAUGCGAUUCACCGGAGCCGGUAUCGGUUCGGCUCUCACGUGGAACUUGAUGGCAUCGUCGGUAGCCAGCCGUGCCGGAAGAAAACUUGCUAGAGCAGCAUGCAUUCGUAACGCGACGUGGAUUUUCAACAGUCUGCAUUUGCCCAACUCGAUGAGGGCCGCUGCUGUCUUGACCGGCGUUAGAGCACAUAACUACAUAGCUUCCGGUUUCAUUCCUGGUCUGUUCACGGCUUGGGCGGUUUACGAUGGAUAUCGGGUUGCUCGCUAUUGUUACGAUAAAUAUCAGGACCGCAACAAGGAACAGCCCUCCCAGCAAACUGAUCUAUUCGAGGAUGAUGAUCGGAUUAGUCUUCAAGGAUCAUCAGUUUUAAAAAGCAAGCUUUGAAUAAAAGUAAAAAAAUAAAGAAGUUUUCUUGACCUGAUAAAUGGUUUGUAAAACUAA